GUUCUUACCGAACCAUAGUUUACGAAGAACUUAGCAACCGUUUCAACGAUGCUAGUGAUAUUGGGCCUCCUGUGCACUGUGCUACUCUCUGCCUCCGGAAAUGUGCUUCCAGAGGGUGACAUAUUCGUGCCUACGUUUCCACGGCCGCAUUAUGGGUUCAGCUCGCAGAUAUCCUCGAGAGGACAUCGCAUUGUAGGUGGCUUCGAAAUCAGUAUCGAGGACGCGCCCCAUCAGGUGUCGUUGCAAACCCGUGGGAGCCAUAUUUGUGGAGGAUCUAUUAUUUCCACCAAAUGGGUCCUUACGGCGGCCCAUUGUACUGACGGUUCCUCUGUAUCUAGUCUCACCGUUAGGGUUGGUUCUUCCAAACAUGCGUCCGGGGGUGAAGUGAUCAAUAUCAGUCGAAUUGUACAACACCCACAGUUCAGUUACAGUACCAUUGACUACGACUACUCUUUACUGCAAUUGAAAAGUGAUCUCAAACUGGGUGGAAAUGUUCAGAAGAUCGCAUUGCCUGGACAGGACGAACCCGUUGAAGAUGGUACGUUGUGCGAGGUAACCGGUUGGGGAAAUACCCAGAACGCUGCCGAGUCCCGGGCAAUUCUACGUGCGGCAUAUGUACCGGCUGUUAACCAGACGAGCUGUGACAAGGCAUAUACUAUUUACGGUGGCGUAACCGAUCGCAUGAUUUGCGCUGGCUACCAGCAGGGUGGUAAAGAUGCCUGCCAGGGUGAUUCGGGUGGUCCACUCGUCGCUAACGGUACACUCGUGGGAAUUGUAUCGUGGGGUCUGGGUUGUGCCCAACCCAACUAUCCCGGUGUGUACUCCAGGGUGGCGGCAGCACGUGAUUGGAUCCGAAGCAACAGUGGUGUCUAAAUCGAAUUAAAUACCCAUUUUAGUUCGACGCACAGAACAAAUCGAGCCUAAACACGGAUCGCGUUCUUACUUUUCGUUAAUCAAGCAAUGUAAUCGUAAAUCAUCGCUAAAUAAAACGUUUUCAAUUUAGCAACACAUUAAGAA